AUGAUGCACAGGUUCAAUCCAGAUAUGUACCAUUCUUUCAACGUGUUCAACCAAAAGUUUAUAGUUGAUAAGAGGUUUGAACUCAUUAGAGGUUUGGGACAGGGGGCUUAUGGUGUGGUCUGUUCUGCUCGAUGCACGGAAAACGGCGAGGGAGAAGACAAGGUUGCCAUCAAAAAAGUCACCAAUGUUUUCAGUAAAAAGAUUCUAUGCAAGAGGGCCUUACGAGAGAUCAAGUUACUUGCACAUUUUAGGGGUCAUAAAAACAUCAUUUUCUUAUGCGACUUAGAUAUAAUACCCGAUGUAUAUGGUAACUUUGAUGAGAUAUUCCUCUAUGAAGAGCUGAUGGAAUGUGAUCUACAUCAAAUCAUUCGGUCUAAACAGGCCCUAACAGACUCUCAUUAUCAAUCUUUUGUUUACCAGAUUCUAUGUGGAUUGAAGUAUAUACAUUCUGCUGACGUCCUACACAGGGACCUCAAGCCUGGUAACUUGCUUGUCAAUGCAGAUUGUGAAUUGAAGAUUUGUGACUUUGGCUUGGCAAGAGGUUAUUCUAGUGACCCGGAGAAGAACCAAGGAUUCUUGACGGAAUAUGUGGCCACUAGAUGGUAUAGAGCGCCUGAAAUUAUUCUUUCCUUUCAAGGUUACACCAAGGCCAUAGAUAUGUGGUCAGUUGGAUGUAUUUUAGCAGAACUAUUAGGCGGUCAGACAAUCUUUAAGGGGAAAGACUAUGUUGAUCAAUUGAAUGAAAUUCUCAGAGUUUUAGGAACACCCGACGAGGAAACAAUUCAAACCAUCAAGUCUUCUAGAGCACAAGCUUACAUUAGGUCCUUGCCAUAUAUGGAGAAAAUACCCUUCAGUAGAUUGUAUCCUAAUGCAGAACCAUUGGCUAUUGAUCUACUAGAGAAAUUGUUGACCUUAGAGCCCGAUAAGCGUAUCACUGUCGAUGAAGCGUUGGAACAUCCGUAUUUGGAAGUUUGGCAUGAUCCAUUGGAUGAACCAAGUUGUCCAAAGAAAUUUGAUUUUGCAUUUGAAGCCGUUGAUGAUUUAUUGUCUAUGAAGGAAAUGAUUAUCCACGAAGUCCGUGCAUUUAGAGAAUUUGUACGGGCUCCAUAUACAGGCGAAGAGGAAAUCUUUGAUUCUUCAAAAUACCAUUAUAAUGACCUAAGUCAGCAACAACAAUUUAUGCAACAGCAACAGAAACAGCAACAUCAAUUACAACAACAACAACAACAACAACAACAACAACAACAGCAACAACAGCAACUUUAUCAACAGCAGCAGAUGAUUCAUCAAAAUCAAAAUCAACUUCAAUAUCAACAGCAACAGCAACAGCAACAUCAGCUUCACCAAUUACAGCAGCAGCAACAACAACAACAAGGAAGCUUGAUACAUCAACCGUCAUUGAUGACACCUACAGAAAGGUUGCCAGAAACAGAGGCUCUCCCACACCCUGAGGAGAUGAUAUUUAAUAAUGACAAUAACAUAGAUUUGGAACAAGAGUUGGCCUACGGACUCGACAGAUAUACAUACCAGUAG